AUGCGUAUGUACCGCUACGCAAUGAAUGCAUUCUCCGCAAACAUGUUGGGGCGCUUUGGAGCAGAAAAAAAGCGAGAGCAACGCGAGAGGGAGUGGAACGGCUUGGGCGUGAUGGAAACCAUCACAUCCGGCCACUAUGAGGUUGGCAAAUUAUGCGUACAAUACUCCGCUUCCGACAGCUCACCUUUGAUGUUUGCCUCUUAUGGGCACUGA